CGCAGCUCAGGUAUGCGUGACGACAUUGAGGGGGAAAAACAAAGGCGCGUGCGGUCGCUCUUUUACCGUAAGGUUUCGGUGUUUAUUUAUAGAUGCGCUAUAACGUUGUUUUCCUCUGAUGUUGUCGGAUUUUGUGUUAGGUUAUCACCCACACACGACCUAAAAAACCAAGUCAAACUAAACAAAGGGACCCGUUGACCUGCUCUGCUCCUGUGUGUCUGAAGCGGGAUAUCGCCAUCUGGAGUGCAGAGAGAGAGAGAGAGAGACCUGUGCCAGCCAAUCAGAUUUCAUUCUCAGCUAACAGACACCCCUGCACAUCCAAUCACAGCUGGUAUGUGAGCGAGUGGGCGUGGCUUGCGUUCCAGCAGGGUUACUAUGCAGCUGUGGGCGGGGCUUGAGCGCUGGAGUGGCAGUGCUGUGGAGCGGAGGAGAGAGACGGCAUUGUGUUAUCCGACUGCGCUGGAUCUGACUGCAGCUCUGCAUGCUUGCAUGCAUGCACGCGCGUGUGCUCAUGUGUGCCAGCGACGGCUGCAUAGCUUCUUCUUCUUCAUCAUCAUCUUCUUCUUCUUUUUCAUCCGGCGUUCAGCGUGAAUCCACAUCAGCAUCAGCAUCCAGGCACGAUCCUGCUCAUCUGUUGCCGUGGUGAUGGGCUGUCGACUGUCAGGGCCGUGGAUGGGCGACGGGAUGGGGGUUCACGGUCGGGAUUUAAGUCACCUGCAGAAACGAGAGGCCUUCCGUAUCCUGGCCAGCUAUGAGCAGCCAAUCACGCUUCAGAUUGAGGGACGUGGUGGGCGGAGCCUGCAGUAUAACAGAACGAUGGAGUGCAGUACGCAGACGGAACGGUCGUGGGAUCCUCUUCGUCUUCACUCGUGUACGGUACCUCGACUGCCGCACUCCGAAAGGUCUUACUAUAAUCACAUGACCCUGCCUGUUAACCGUAGAGAUGGAAGCAGGUAUGAAUAUCUGCCGAACACAUCCAGAGACUUGCAGCACAGGGAACGACCGGCAUAUCAUGACCCAGAGUUCUCCAGUAGAACAUCAAAAAGUCAAAACUGUCUGAUCCGCUGCUGUAACAGCAACCUGGAGGAACCCAGAAGCUUCCAGAGUCAGACUGAUGAUGAAGAUUAUAUGAUGGAGAAACCGCUGGGUUACCUCCCCCUACAUCACGAGCUGGACAGCGGACUCGGCUGGACGGACGGCAGUUUUCAUCAGGGUGAAUUGUCUGGGGUGGAGACGGAGGAGGGGCUUGAAGAGUGUCACGCCCACAGAGGAGGAGGAGGAUCACCCUCAUCAGAGUCUUUCAUCUCAUCUGAAUUAAGCGACUCGGGGUUCUACAGCGUCAGCACCGGCGAGUUCCUACGCUUCCAGCGUCUACUCGAGAAACGCAUGCGUCAUUACAACGCUCGCAUGCACCACCAGGGGGAGUCGUGUUCGCGCGAGCGAAGGGACAGUCAGAUUAAACACCGCGAGCUGGAGGCCAUCCCGGAGGCGUUGACGGUUCAGCCUCAAAACAUCUGCGUACCGACGCUUCCGGGUUUGUCCCGCGUCUCGUCCGUGCAGUACCGUAAGGCGGAGCGUCCGUGUCUGAACAGGCACAGCUCCAGUAGCGGCUCGCUGUUUAAUCCAGCGGUACACUCCACGUGCAGUACGCCGUCCGGCCAGAGGAGGGUGCUGCCUCACCCCAGCUCUGUCGGUAUGCUUAGAAGAAGCAGGACAUUGCAUCACCGUCCUGCGCCGAUGGAGCAUCGCAGACGGGCGAGCCACCCCGCAUCGCCCAACUACUGCAGUGCCACUCUGCAUCACUGUGGCCAUUUAAUCGACCCGCCGAUGAAUUUACCUGAAGAACCGGAUAUGGCGCUUAUGCACAGUAUGGGUCACCUAACGACACACCCUAUCGCACACCCCGUCGCACACGCUUCACAUGCAGUGAGUCAACAGUCGCUGAUCUCCCCGAUUGACGACCACAAUCGUGCGCUGCCUCCAGACGACGACGACAACAGAAUCCGAGCGUCGACUGAAUCCCACCUGCAGCAGAGGUUUGUAGCGGAGUUACCGUUACCUAGCCGACCGAGCGAAGGGCGAUAUCAUACCCUGAGUCACACGCCCAGUCAGGAAGCCAACGAUACCUGGCCUAAACCCGACUACCGUUCGGGCACAGGAGGCGGAGGCGGUCUCUACAGCACUUUGGAAGGCCACACGCCCACCGCAGCCAUCCGUAAAUCACCCAGCACAAACACGCGGGCGUUUCGAAAUCAGAUGUUGCGAGACAGAGCGUCUCGACUGGCGGACGAGCGUAGCGGCAUGAGCACAGAUGAGGAGAGUCACUGCGAUAUUCGCAUGGGUCGAUACUGGAGUCGCACCGAGCGUCGCGAACACGUUCUGCAGAAACAGAGACAACAGCAGGCGAGGGGAGGCGUGGGUUUGGUCGCAGUGGGAGGAGCUUACGUGGAUAAUAGUUACAGUACCGUUUUGGAGCUGAGCCAGAAGAAACUGAGUCGUCUGAGGAACCGGAAGGUGUUCGACGACUGGACGACCGUAGAGGAACUUCUGACUCAUGGAAACCGUCUGGGUGUGAGCGAAGAUGCCCUACAGCUGCCAACGUCUUUACUCACCGUCACAACUGUAUAGCGACACUCAGUGAGUGUUUGUGUGUUUGUGUGUGUGUUUGUGUUGGACCGCUCGCGCUACACAAAGCUACCUCCUGAAAUUGAGGUUUACUGUAGAUACAGACGUUUCUGAACACAGUUGUUAAUUGAUUUUUCAAUGUUAUAUUUGCAGUAUCUUGUUUUGCAUCGUGUUGUAAAGAGACGUUUUAUUACGAAGCGAAAUUAUCACAGUUUGAUUCGACCGCAUGAAGCAAUAUCAACAUAAGAUGCCGACACCAGACUAAUCGAAUUUCAUGUGGUGCAAGUGUAUUUUCUUAGGUCAACGAAAGAAAUGUUUACGUCACGGAUAAUUUACGCUGGUGCUAACAAUGAGAUCAUCAUUUAAUUCGCAAAUAAACUAUAAAAUACAUCCGGAUUAAAUCACGUUUGCACAAGAUACUCGAAAAUUCUCUCCGACUGUCUUCCGCUCGCUGAGUGAAUUUAUGGAAAGCCCCUCCUCUCAAUCAUAAAUCUGAUACUCUGGGAAUAAUAUUGGAUGAUCUGUGGACGGAUGUUGGAUCGGGUGUGCAGGGUUAUGAUGGAGAUCAGGCAGCGUGUGUUGUGAAGUGUGACGGUUCUUGCACUAUAACUGUAGUUCUGUAAAGUAUUUUUAAAGCUAUUUUUCUUGUGCUCUUCACAAUUGAUGUCACGAAAAGAAACAAAGAACUUUUUUAAAGAAUUAUAUAUAGAGAGAAAAGCGGCAGUAAAAUACUUUGGUGAUCCUGAUAAUGCACUGACGUUUUCGUUUUGAUCUAACGUGCAAAUUUAUCUGAUAUUUUUGGCGCACCUUUCUGCAAACCAGCGGGUUUCAAUUUCACGAAACACGACCGGAACAAAUUUCUGUGUAUAUUUGAUGCGAAUUUUAACAGUUUUGCACAGAAAUAUUUACAUAAUUUGAUCAUUUACAUAACUAUGGUUUACAAACAUUAAAUGAGUUGACAGUUUAGGUAACAAUUAAGGAUGCACCGAUACUGUGCUGAUACCGAUAUUACAUUACUUAGAAUGACAUUUACUGAUACAAAUCGUUUAGUUUUUUCUACAUUGUUUCAAAAUAUUAUGUUAUUAAAUCCUGGAAGUGCAGAGCGUGCAACUCUGUUGUCAUGUUCACCCAAAUAAAAAAGUUAUGUUUUUAAGCAUUCGGCUGAUUUCCAAAAGUGUGAAAAAUCCUUUUUUUUUGCUGAUACCGAUUAUAUGCUGAUAUAUCGGUGCAUUCAUACCAACAAUAUUUUUUUUUUGACACAUUUACACUGAAAUUCAUUUAGUUCAAAAAUGCUUUAAUCUGCUCAUACUGAUAUUUGAUUAUUUAGCAUAUCUACUGAUACAGAUAGUUUUGUUUUUUUACUUAUUGUUUCAAAAUAUUAUGAUAUUAAAUCUUUGAAGUACAAAGUGUACAAACAUUAACUCUGUUGUCAUUGUCACCCAAUUCAAAAUAAUCUGUUUUUAAACAAUCAGCCGAUGUCCAAUAGUGGGGAAAAAAUUGUAUCUGCCGAUACCAAUUAUAGGCCGAUAUAUCGGUGCAUCCAUUCCAAAUCCUUUUUUUUUAUAUAUUAUGUUAUGAAGUCCUAGAAGUGCAAAGCGUACAAAAGGCAACUCUGUUGUCAUGUUCACCCAAAUAAAAAGAUUUUUUUAAGCAGUCCAAUAGUGUGAAAAAUGCUUUUAUCUGCCGAUACCGAUAAUCAAUUACUGAGAAUGACAUCUACUGAUACCGUGUUUUUUUACUCAUGUUUCAAAAUAUUAUGUUAUGAAAUUCUAGAAGUGCAGAGUGUACAAACGUUAACUCUGUUGUCAUUGUCACAUAAUUCAAAAUAAUCUGUUUUUAAACAAUUGGCCAAUGUCUCAUAGUGCCGAUACCGAUUAUAGGCCGAUAUAUCGGUGCAGCCAUACCAAAAUAAUGGUUUCAAAAUAUUAUGUACAAAAGGCAACUCUGUUGUCAUGUUCACCCAAAUAAAAAGAUGUUUUAAGCAGUUGGUCGAUGUCCAAUAGUGUAAAAAAUGCUUUUAUCAACCGAUACCGAUAAUCAAUUACUUAUCUACUGAUACAGUGUUUUAUUUACUCAUUGUUUCAAAAUAUUAUGUUAUGAAAUUCUAGAAGUGCAGAGUGUACAAACGUUAACUUUGUUGUCAUUGUCACCUAAUUCAAAAUAAUCUGUUUUUAAACAAUCAGCCAAUGUCUGCUAGUGGGAAUUUUUUUCUUAUCUGCCGAUACCGAUUAUAGGCCGAUAUAUCGGUGCAUCAAUACCAACAGUUUUUUUUUUACUAAUUUACACAGAAAUUCAUUCAGCUUGUGUUUCUAGAUCGAGACUCUUGUGUUUGAUCUGAAUCAGUCGUCUCAGUGUUUGCAGUAAAUCAGGAUUUUCUCCCACCUGCACUAUUUUUGGUGCCCGAGCACUGAAGUGUUUACAAUUUCUCCUCACAACUGUGACUCUCUGUCUCACUCUCUCUUCAUCAUACUGAGGUGAAAUGGCGUCAUUUUCGCCGCUCUGUGAAUAAUGGAUGUGAACGGACCGGACAUCUUCAUAUAACACACAGAUGAACAGAAGCCUCGGUUUCACUUUUAGAGAUGAUUUUCUUGGAAUAUGAUGUACAUGUGGUUGUAAUAAAGAUGAGAUUUUAAUUAGA